GUUUAACAACUAGUGAAGCACAGGAACAAGGAAGGAUGUUGUUUGCGACUUGGCAUGUGCCCCAAUAAAGUUGCUGGCUCCACAAGCUCAGCCCGCCUGCUUCACAAUUAGGUAAAUCGCGACAAAUUAAUCUGUUAUCAAUCAUUAUAAGUAUUUAUUGCAAUGAUAACAGCCAGUUAUAACUCAUAUAAAUUCUAUAGGAAACGAUUAAUACCCAGUGCAGUUUGACAAUGGCGGGCUAUCGGGCACACAAACUAUAAGGAAAUAUAUAAAUAAAGUUCGGUAAACACAUGUUAGUAUUUGAUCAAAUUUUUAAAGUGGCCUUACGAUAAAAUCGUACUUAGACCGGCGAAGUUCGUAAUGGGGAAUUCGAAUACAAAAAAGACAAAGAAGGUGCCAGACACGUUCUUCGAGCGCGAGCGAAUGAAGGAGAGGAAGCGAGAUGCGGUGAAAAAGAAGAUGAACAGCCCCCUGGGGUCCGCGGGCCCGCCGCCCCCCGGCGCCUACCACUCCGAGGCGCUGGCGCGCAUGCGCUACCAGCUCGACGAAGACGCAGACGCCUUCCUGCUCAACAACAUACUGCUAUCUGUACAAUUCUUUGAAAACUACGAGAGGGAAAUGCAGCACAUCAAGAACAACCCUAUAAACGAGCGCGAGCACGAGAUCGACCAGGCGAUGGUGGCGCACCACAAGCACGUGUUCUUCGCGGACCGCGUGCGCGAGAGUGUGCACGAGCGCGUGCGCGUGCGCGGGCGCGCCGGCCUGGAGCCGCUGUCCGCACCGCGGCUCUACGUCAUCUACGACAACAUCGAGGCCUGCGAGCGCGGGGACACCUCCGACUACAGCGCCGUGCUCGACGCGCCCUUCUACAAACUGGAGGUCGAAGACUGCAGGGAAGCAGGCUUUAUAAAACUGAAGAAAUUGGAAGUUCUAGAGAGUGAAGCCACAAAGAUUAAAGAAGUGGCCUUGGAGAAUACUCGAAAUAGUUUAUCAGAUGAUAGUUUCAUUACCGACUCCGAGAGAGAAUGUUAUGAUACGGAUUACGAUUAUUCAGAUAUUGUUUCAGGGCAAAUGUUAUUAGAAAAACUAAAAAAUAAAUCAGUUGAUCCUCGUAAGCACAAUUUCAAGAUAACAAAACCUCUCAAUAUGACAAUAAACAGUCCCACCGAUACUCUAGGUAGAAGAUGUAGUGGACCAAUUAGACAAUACAGCCCACAGGCUAAUAAGCGCAACAUAUCAAAAAUUAAAGAAAUAUCAAAACACAAAUCACCUAUGUUGGAAGAAAGAGAGGAACCUUUACUUGAAGAUGAUAACCACAAUGAUCAGACUGAGUCAAAAACUACAAAGUCAUCCGGUUUGAAACAAACAAAUAACUCACUAACUGAAAUUUAUUUCAACGGAAGCGAUGAUACUGAAUCAUCAGGAUAUGGAUCUAAUUCAAGUAGACGACAGAACGAGAGUGAAACAGAGUCAGAAUACGGCUAUGCGAAUUCGGAAUUAAAAUCAAAUAUAUCUGCAAACACAGGAGUUUUGCCUGAUGAGUGUUGGAGUUUAAUGGUUGUUCAAGCAGUUGACAGCGAAUCAGAUGACGAAUAUGAUUGUAAGUCACAAAAACAUUCUAAUGAAUUAGAGGUUAAAAGCUUGUACGAAAAUUACUACUAUCUCAACUCCAUCACUUUCAUGACACAUUUUGCCGAUAAUUUUAUGUUCAAACUUAAAUUUGGUCUUGGGGUAUCUGAAGAAAGUGUUGAUAAUGCAUUAACGCAGGGCGCCAUUAAGUGCUUUAAAAAAGCUAUAAACAUGAAUUUCGAAAUAAUACCUGCGCUUUUAGCGGCUUGGCCUAAUGCUGCCAAUCAAUGGAUAAUAAGACAACGAAGAAUCAUCCAAAAUCCUAGGACGAAUUUAAAGUACCAGUGGCCCACACGUUCCAUGGUUAAGAAGGCUGUUAACUUUGGUUGCUUACUUGUGCCAGUAGGGUUUAUACAUAAGAGCGAUACGAGCCCUAACCAGGGGCUACAAUGGAAGAUUUCAUUCCCGGCUGCAGAACGCUACCUAGAGAGCUGUUUAGCUCACGCACAAAUGAGGUGUUACUUAUUUGCAUUAGCACUGCAUAAAUGUUUUCUUGAGAAUGAAUCUACCAAAAUUGGAAUAGAUGCCAGUCAUAUAAAAAAUCAUUUGUUUUGGCAAUGUGAAGCCGACUACUCAAAGUGGCCAGAGGACCGACUUGGAGAAACUCUGAAGAUAUUUUUAGAAACAUUUUAUUCCCAUUUUUCCCAAGCAAAGUUUCCGAAUUAUUUUAUUGAACAUUGUAAUGAUUUCAAGAGCAUCCCACAACACCGGUUGUUAAAAUUGCAACGUAAACUCGCAGACAUUUUAGAAGCUCCUGUCAUGCAUGUUCUAAGUGCGGUAGGAAAACUCAAAUAUAUGAAGAAAGAUUUCUAUCCGAAGUUCAAUAGUCGAAAGCUCUUUUACAUACUUACGUGUAAAAAUCCACUGAGGGUAAUAAACCCAAACAUACCAGUAGCUAAUACCAGUGAUAUCACUGAUGACGAUGAAGACCCGGACGCUGGUACAAAUAUUUGGGAAAGAGCCAAAAACCACGAUAAACAUUAUCAGUGGAAAAUAAAACAACAGCAGCAAAAACUAGUUGAAAAGAGAAAGGCUGCACUUCUGCAAUCGAAAAAACAGAAUACCUCAAAACUAGCAGGAAUACACAUUAAUCCAAAGGUCAUUCUUCCAAAAAAAUUGGACGUGGAGAGACGCCGACUAGUACUGGAAUUUUUCAUCCCACAUUUCAUUGCGAUGGCGCAAUCGAGCGAAAGAUUUGAGUCAAUUAGGCAGGCCUUGAUAUAUUUAGAGCAUGCCCAAGUGCUCUGCCAUCUACUGUUGGAUGAGGCUGCUGGGGAAAUGACAGCUAACGAGUACUUGGAUGUAAUAAGAGACAAACUGGCAGACUGUCAGCGGAAAUUAGUGAACCAGGGUGGCUUAAAUUUUCCUGAAAGAAAGGAGCGACCGAAUUUGCCUGUAAGAAAACAACAUCCAAGAUACCCCAACAUAGUGAACCAGGACACCCCCACGGACCUCCGCACUUCGAGCUUCACCUUCGUGGACGUCCACGCCGCUGGGUCUUCCUCAACCAGGUUCAACAUCAAUAUUGAAAGCGACUUUGACGAUGAAGAUGAAUCCAGACUGUAGGAAAUUAGUGUAAUAAUUCAUGUUGAUUUGAUUGAAAGUUCGUACAACAGUAGAAUCUCUUUGUUCUAGUUAUGGUGUACUGAUGUAAGAACUUAAUGUAGGCACUUAAUUAAUGUUAGACCUUAGUUAACUUAAAAUCUUUAAUAGUUUUGUGGAUUAUAAUUAUUU